GUGGUUUUGCUUUUGUCUAUGAAGCUCAAGAUCUUGGAAGUGGUAAAGACUAUGCUUUAAAGCGAUUGUUGUCUAAUGAAGAAGAAAAGAACAAAGCCAUCAUUCAGGAAGUGUGUUUUAUGAAAAAACUUUCAGGUCAUCCCAACAUUGUCCAGUUCUGCUCUGCAGCAUCUAUAGGAAAAGAAGAAUCAGAUACAGGACAGGGAGAGUUUCUUCUGCUUACAGAGCUGUGUAAAGGACAGCUGGUGGAAUUCUUAAAGAAAGCAGAAUCCAGAGGACCUAUCUCUUGUGACACAGUUUUGAAGAUCUUUUAUCAGACCUGCAGAGCAGUACAGCAUAUGCAUAAACAGAAGCCUCCUAUUAUCCAUAGAGAUUUAAAGGUGGAAAACUUGCUUAUUAGUAACCAAGGGACAAUUAAACUUUGUGACUUCGGCAGUGCUACAACUAUAGCUUACUAUCCUGACUACAACUGGUCUGCACAGAAGAGAGCACUGGUUGAAGAAGAGAUCACAAGGAAUACAACACCAAUGUACAGGACACCAGAAAUGGUAGACUUGUAUUCAAAUUUUCCCAUUGGUGAAAAACAGGACAUUUGGGCUCUGGGCUGUAUCCUGUACUUGCUGUGCUUUAGGCAACAUCCAUUUGAAGAUGGAGCUAAACUUCGCAUAGUCAAUGGGAAAUAUGUCAUUCCACAAAAUGACACCCGCUAUUCUGUGUUCCAUGAUCUCAUUCGCUCCACUUUGAAGGUGAACCCGGAGGAGAGACUGACGAUCACUGAGCUUGUGAAUCAACUGCAGGAGAUUGCAGCAGCUAGGAAUGUGAAUCCUAAAUCCCCUAUCACGGAGCUCCUGGAACAGAAUGGAGGUUAUGGAAACAAUGCUCAGCCUCGGACAUCUAUGACCUCUGUUUCGCAGAGCUCCAAGCCUGCAGGACAGCUGAACAAUAUGUACAAUGCAGGCCUGACCGUUGCGGAAUGUGACCAGACUUAUGGAGGGUUCUUUGAUAUUCUGAGGGGUGGAACAGAGCGAUUUUUCACUAAUAUUAAGGAUACAUCUUCUAAAGUUAUCCAGUCUGUGGCCAAUUAUGCGAAAGGAGACUUGGAUUUAUCAUACAUAACAUCCAGAAUUGCUGUGAUGUCCUUUCCAGCAGAAGGUGUAGAAUCUGCCAUCAAAAAUAACAUAGAAGAUGUGCGGUUAUGUCUGGACUCUAAACAUCCUGGCCACUAUGCUGUGUACAAUCUCUCUCCAAGAACGUACAGGCCUUCAAGAUUUCAUAACAGG